UAAUCCCCCAAAACCAAAAGAGAAAGAAAAGGAAACACUUCCUGUCUUCUUGCAUUCGUUUCCGUUUCAAAAGUGUAAUAUUUAUUGGCACCCUUCCAUCUGCAUCUCUCUGUUCCAUUUCACUGCAAAAUCAGCUCCAAACCCUAGAAUUUGAUUUGAAUCGAUCAAAAACAGACCAGAUUGAUGGCACUUGUUUUUAAGGCAGGCCCAUCAUAUUGUAUCCGUAGUGAUAUAAGACGGGGUAGAACCGGAAAGGAUGUAGCUUUUGUUGAGGCUCCUGUAAUGAAGGAAAAAUCUGUCAGUUUUUGUUCCUUAUCAUGCAACAAUGCUAAGAUAGCACGGAUCUUCCCUUUAGGAACUGUGGGAUUUGGAAGCAAGAGAAGGAAUAGUGUGAUUGUUGCAGCAAGCCCUCCCACAGAGGAUGCUGUGAUUGCUACAGAGCCGUUGACAAAAGAGGAUCUUGUUGGAUACCUUGCAUCUGGAUGUAAGCCUAAGGAAAAUUGGAGGAUAGGUACAGAGCAUGAAAAGUUUGGUUUUGAGUUCCAAACUUUGCGACCUAUGAAAUAUGAACAAAUAGCAGAAUUGCUUAAGGGUAUUUCAGAGAGAUUUGAUUGGGAUAAAGUAAUGGAAGGUGAUAAUAUUAUAGGACUUAAACAGGGGAAGCAAAGCAUAUCACUGGAGCCUGGAGGGCAGUUUGAGCUCAGUGGUGCACCUCUUGAAACUUUGCAUCAAACAUGUGCAGAGGUCAAUUCACACCUCUAUCAGGUUAAAGCUGUUGCAGAAGAAAUGGGAAUUGGAUUCUUAGGGAUUGGUGUCCAGCCCAAAUUGGGAAUAAAGGACAUACCUGUUAUGCCCAAGGGAAGAUAUAAAAUAAUGAGAAAUUAUAUGCCUAAAGUUGGUUCACUUGGGCUUGAUAUGAUGUUUAGGACAUGCACUGUUCAGGUUAAUCUGGACUUCAGUUCGGAAGCUGACAUGAUCAGGAAAUUUCGUGCUAGUCUUGCUCUGCAACCUAUAGCGACAGCUUUAUUUGCAAAUUCCCCCUUUACUGAAGGAAAGCCAAAUGGUUACCUAAGCAUGAGAAGUCAAAUCUGGACCGAUACUGAUAAGGACCGUACAGGCAUGCUUCCAUUUGUGUUUGACAACUCUUUUGGGUUUGAGCAAUAUGUUGACUAUGCUCUUGAUGUUCCGAUGUAUUUUGUUUAUCGGAAAAAGAAGUACAUUGACUGCACUGGAAUGACUUUCAGGGAUUUUAUGGCGGGAAAACUUCCAUGUAUUCCUGGUGAACUGCCAACCCUUAAUGACUGGGAAAAUCAUUUGACAACAAUAUUUCCAGAGGUUCGACUGAAGAGGUACUUGGAGAUGAGGGGUGCUGAUGGAGGACCUUGGAGGAGUUUAUGUGCUCUGCCAGCAUUUUGGGUAGGUUUGUUAUAUGAUGAGGUCUCACUCCAGAAUGUUUUGGACAUGAUAGCUGAUUGGACUCCUGAAGAAAGACAAAUGUUGAGAAAUAAGGUUCCAAAGACUGGUCUAAAGACACCAUUUCGGGAUGGGUUUCUGUGGCAUGUAGCAGAAGAUGUUUUAAAGUUGGCAAAGGAUGGCUUGGAAAGAAGGGGCUUCAAGGAAUCAGGGUUCUUGAAUGGGUUGGCAGAGGUGGUUAGAACAGGUGUAACGCCAGCUGAGAAGCUUUUGGAGUUGUAUCAUGGGAAGUGGGGACAAUCUGUUGACCCUGUUUUCGAAGAGCUGCUUUACUGAGAUGAAUCAGAGUCUUGUGUGACAAUUACAUGCGUUGUUGUGGACAAAGAUAUGUGGCCUUUGGGUAUAGGUGAGAUCAGAGGCAUGGAGAUGUCUAAUGCUCCUUUCAAAGGUAAGUUGUUGCUUGCAAUGAUGAACGGUCAAUAUCUUUGGCUUCUUUUUUCUGUUCGUAGAAAUUAGGUGCACGGACACCGCCGCCGCCAUCU